AUGGCUUCCAAUGUGCUGAUCAAGGUCUACCACCAUGGGCGAUUCAAAGUUGCUGGGGGUGUUCUACCCGAUGCUGUGACCGCGUACCAGACGUUCGGUGACCCUGCAAAUCCGUGCAUCGUCUUUCCCACCUGCUAUGGUGCACAGCUGAGGCUGGGAAGCCAGUUGUAUCUCGUAGGCGAGGGCAAGGCUCUGGAUACGAUGAAGUACUUCGUCGUUACUUUUGCGUUAUUCUGCAACGGAGAGUCAUCAUCUCCAUCUAAUACAGCGACCCCAUACAACGGCCCAUACUUUCCCUCCGUUUCCUACGAGGACAACAUCCGCGCACAGUACGCCGUUCUCACCAAGAAAUUAGGCAUUAAGAAGAUCUACUGUGUUGUUGGGUUCUCUAUGGGAGGCCAACAGGCGUACCACUGGCCAGUGAUCUAUCCUGACUUCGUGGAGAGAUUCGUAGCAAUUUGUUCCUCUGCGCGCACGAGUCUCCACAACAAGUGUUUCUUGGAAGGUCCCAAGAACGCGAUGAAGGCGGGAAAGGACUUUGACGAUGGUCAUUACAAAACCUCACCUCAUCAGUCCAUCAGAGCCUUCGGCAGAGCUUACAGUGCGUGGGCGUACGGCCAGGCUUGGUUCCGCCAGCAUCUGUACACCAUGAAUGGCCUCUAUCCGGACUUGGAGUCAUGGCUGCACGAAGCCUGGGAAGCCCGUUACAUAGAGAACUGGGAUGCAAACGACAUGCUCGCUCUGCUCUCGACGUGGCAAAACGGCGACAUCUCACUCAUCAGGGAUGGCGGUGACCUAGAGCAGUGCCUCCGCAGCAUCAAGGCCAAGGCCCUGAUCAUGCCGUGCAAGACGGACUUGUACUUCUGCCCGGAGGAUAGCGAGGUUGAGGUGUCCUACUUGAAGAAUGCGAAGCUCGUCGUGAUUGGCAGCGUCUGGGGGCACGUUGCUGGCGGUGGUGCUAAUCCAACAGAUGUUGCGUUCGUGACGGGUCAGAUCAAAGACUUCUUGGUGUAA